AUGGCGGUGGGCCGGAGAGAGAAGGGCAGCCAAUCGUUAUCCCGGCGAACGCGAAUCGCGGCGGCGAUUGGGAUCGGAGUGAUUUUGGGAUGCGUGUUUGCGUUUUUGUUCCCUCAUGGGGUUUUCUCCUCCAAUCAGUCAACUCUAGAUCGGCCCCUUUCGAAUUCCAACCUACAGGUAGAUCAACCCGUAUGUGAGUCGACCGAGAAAAUAAGCCAGCUAAAGUCCAACAUCAUGACUUUAUCAGACAAGAACGCCGAGUUGAAAAGGCAAGUCCGGGAAUUGAACGACAAACUGCGGUUGGCUGAGCAGGGCAACGAUGUUGCGCGGGAGGAGUUUCUCGUGUUGGGCAAACCUCACAAGGCAGGGCCUUUUGGCACCGUCAAGGGUUUAAGGACGAAUCCCACUGUUCUUCCAGACGAGACCAUAAACCCACGGCUCGCGAAAAUCCUGGCAAAAGUCGCAGUCCGUAAGGAGCUCAUAGUUGCUCUAGCCAACUCUCAUGUAAAACCCAUGCUCGAGGUCUGGUUCACCAACAUUAAGAAAGUGGGCAUCCCGAAUUAUUUAGUUGUGGCAUUAGAUGAUGAAAUUGCGGAUUUCUGCAAGUCAAACGAUGUCCCUUUUUACCAGAGAGACCCUGACGAGGCAAUCGACUCUGUGGGAAAAACGGGUGGGAAUCACGCGGUCUCGGGACUUAAGUUCCGAAUCUUGAGGGAGUUUUUGCAGUUGGGCUAUAGUGUUCUGCUUUCGGAUGUUGAUAUUGUGUUUCUACAAAACCCGUUUGAUCACUUGUACAGGGAUUCUGAUGUGGAGUCGAUGUCGGAUGGCCAUAAUAACAUGACAGCUUAUGGGUUUAACGAUGUUUUUGACGAGCCUGCCAUGGGUUGGGCCCGCUAUGCUCACACGAUGAGGAUUUGGGUCUAUAAUUCUGGGUUUUUCUACAUAAGGCCCACAAUCCCUGCUAUUGAGCUUUUGGACCGGAUUGCGGGCAGGCUGGCUCGGGAGGCAAAAGCAUGGGAUCAAGCUGUGUUUAAUGAGGAGCUGUUUUUCCCUUCACAUCCUGGGUACGUAGGACUUCAUGCUGCCAAGAGGACUAUGGAUUUUUACCUGUUUAUGAACAGCAAGGUUCUUUUCAAGACUGUAAGGAAAGAUGGUAAUUUGAAGAAACUGAGGCCUGUUAUUGUUCAUGUUAAUUAUCAUCCGGACAAAUUCCCUAGGAUGAAAGCUGUUGUCGAAUACUAUGUGAAUGGGAAGCAAGAUGCUCUGGAUCCAUUUCCUGAUGGGUCUGAAUGA